AUGGGCAGGAUCCGAGUUCUCCAGGGGGUGCAUUCAGGACAAAUCAAACCAGAUAAAGGAGCAGAAACCCAGGGGCUCCUUAGGUUCUGUUUGGAUGAUCCUAACCCCAGCGCCGGGCGCCCGCUGCUCGCCGUCCGCGGCCCCAGCGCCGGGCGCCCGCUGCUCGCCCUGCGCGGCCCCAGCGCCGGGCGCCCGCUGCUCGCCCUGCGCGGCCCCAGCGCCGGGCGCCCGCUGCUCGCCCUGCGCGGCCCCAGCGCCGGGCGCCCGCUGCUCGCCGUCCGCGGCCCCAGCGCCGGGCGCCCGCUGCUCGCCCUGCGCGGCCCCAGCGCCGGGCGCCCGCUGCUCGCCGUCCGCGGCCCCAGCGCCGGGCGCCCGCUGCUCGCCGUCCGCGGCCCCAGCGCCGGGCGCCCGCUGCUCGCCGUCCGCGGCCCCAGCGCCGGGCGCCCGCUGCUCGCCGUCCGCGGCCCCAGCGCCGGGCGCCCGCUGCUCGCCCUGCGCGCCCCCAGCGCCGGGCGCCCGCUGCUCCCCGCCCGCUGCUCGCCCUGCGCGGCCCCAGCGCCGGGCGCCCGCUGCUCGCCGUCCGCGGCCCCAGCGCCGGGCGCCCGCUGCUCGCCCUGCGCGGCCCCAGCGCCGGGCGCCCGCUGCUCGCCGUCCGCGGCCCCAGCGCCGGGCGCCCGCUGCUCGCCCUGCGCGGCCCCAGCGCCGGGCGCCCGCUGCUCCCCGCCCGCUGCUCGCCCUGCGCGGCCCCAGCGCCGGGCGCCCGCUGCUCCCUCUCCCCACCCCCAGCGCCGGGAGCUGCUCGUUUCCGAAGCUCAAGCCGAACCGCGGCCUGGCCGAGGCAGUGCUGCUCUGCAGCAGCUCCCGGGGUAUGGCCGGAGCGGAGCCCAGCCCGGGCCGAGCCCCCCGCAGGCGGCCGGGAGCCGCGAGCUGUGUGCGCCGCCGGGCGCGGGCGGCCGUGUCGGGGGCGGGCGCAGGGGCACGGCGGCGGCGGGCCGCAGGAAGCGCUGCCGUCACCCGGCCCUGCCCCGCCGUGCCGGGAGGCUGGGCUGGGCUUGGCCGCGCCGGGCAGGGGCCGGGGCCGCCCCGCUCAGCGUAGCCAGAAGGGAUGCGGCGGCGCACGCCAUGAACUGGCGAUCCGGCUCCCGCGGCGUGGUCCUCACCGCCUACCACCCCAGCGGCGGCGGCGACGGCCCCGGAGGCCGCCGGUCCGGCCAGUACACAAUGAACCAUGAGGCCUGCAGGAGCAGCCCUGAGGGAGCAGCCUUUGCCCGCUCCGCAUCCCAGGACUCCUUGGAUGAGCUCUCCAUGGAUGACUACUGGAAAGAAGUGGAAAACAUCCAUGAAACCAGAGGCCACAACCACGAGGAGCCAGUGGUAGUGAAAGAGCCAGAUGAGGGAGAACUGGAAGAAGAAUGGCUGAAGGAGGCAGGCCUGUCAAAUCUGUUUGCUGAGAGCUCUGGUGACUCCCUGGAAAGCAUGGUGUUCCUGUCCACCCUCACCAGAACCCAGAGGGCAGCAGUGGAAAAAAGAGUGGAAACUGUCACCCAGACCAUGAGGAAAAGGAACAAGCAGCACCACAUUCCUGAUGUCAGAGAUAUCUUCAGGCUACAAAAUGACUCAAAGGGAAAAGUCUGUGAUGGAAGUGACCCCUCAGCUGUGCCAGCAGGUGAGAACAAACCUGAAGCCCAGGAUGGAACAAAAGGUCCACAGUUCAGUCUGGGAGCAGCAGAAGAGAAGAGCCCUCUGGAGGAUGUGCCAUCUUCAGACACUGACAUCAACCUGGAGAUCUCAUUUGCAGAGCAGGCAGCUAAUCUCAAGGACCUCUCAGGAGGCAAAAUCAGCAGGGGUGGAGCGGGGGACACUCUGCUCCCGAACUACAGGGUGCCGAAGGACAAGACAGGGACCACCAGGAUUGGUGACCUGGCCCCUCAGGACAUGAAGAAAGUCUAUUCCUUAGCACUGAUUGAGCUCACUGCUCUCUAUGACAUACUGGGGACAGAACUCAAGCAGCAAAAAGCUGUGAAAAUCAAAACCAAAGACUCUGGCUUGUUUGGUGUCCCACUGUCAGUUCUACUGGAGCAGGACCAGAAGAAGGUGCCAGGAACCAAGAUUCCACUGAUUUUCCAAAAGCUGAUCACCCAGAUAGAAGAAGCAACUCUGGAAACUGAAGGACUUCUUAGAAUCCCAGGAGCUGCAACAAGGAUAAAGAGUCUUUGCCAAGAGCUGGAAGCAAAAUUUUAUGAGGGGACAUUCAACUGGGAGAAUGUAAAGCAGCAUGAUGCAGCAAGUCUGCUGAAGCUCUUCAUCCGGGAGCUGCCUCAGCCCCUCCUCACCGUGGAGUAUCUCAAAGCUUUCCAGGAUGUGCAGAAUCUUCCAACAAGGAAACAGCAGCUGCAAGCUUUGAAUCUUUUGGUUCUCCUUCUACCUGAAGCCAACAGAGACACUCUGAAGGUGCUGCUUGAGUUCCUCCAAAGGGUCAUUGAGCAUCGGGACAAAAACAAAAUGACCCUGAAGAACGUUGCCAUGGUGAUGGCCCCCAACCUCUUCACCUUCCAUGGCUUUGGCUCCAAGGCCAUCGAGCAGAGGGAGUUUGUCAUGGCAGCCGGGACGGCGUCCGUCAUGCGCUUCAUGAUUCAGUACCAAGACCUGCUCUGGACAAUUCCCAAGUUUAUUGUUAACCAAGUGAGAAAACAGAAUGUUGAGAAGCAGAGGAAGGAGAAGAAGGACAAAGCCAUGAAGAAACUCCUGAAGAAGAUGGCAUACGACCGGGAAAAGCACGAGAGGCAGGAGAGGAGCACCACUGAGGCUGAUGUUCCUCAGGGAGUGAUACGGGUGCAAGCUCCUCAUCUCUCCAAGGUUUCCAUGGCAAUCCAGCUGACAGAAGAGCUGAGAGCAGGGGAUGUGGUAGCCAGGUUCCUCAGCCAGAAGAGUGGAAAUGUCCAAACACUCAAGAAAGAAGAGGUCUUUCUCUAUGAAAUAGGAGGAAAUAUUGGAGAGCGCUGCCUGGACGACGACACCUACAUGAAGGACCUCUACCAGCUCAACCCAAAUGCUGAGUGGGUUAUAAAGCCCAAGCAGAGCUAAGGUCACCACUGGUGGCAAGAGAAGAACCUGGGGACUUCUUUCUCAAUGUUUCAGGGGGGGCAGUGUGUCCUUGCAGCAUCCAGCUGAGCUCCACAGAGACAUAGAACCUGGCCCAGAUUUUAAAGCAGAGGUGCUGGAAACCCAGCAGUGAUUUGCAGUAAGUUUGGAGUUUGACUUGCAGCAAAACCCCCAACAAAUACUAAUUUGGAGCUAGCAGGUUUGGAACAAGUACCUUAAAUCUUUGACUGGCACUAAGCUACCUCCCACCUGGCAGGUCCUGUUUCAGAGGAAUUUACCUUGGCAAACAGAUGGUGAAGCUGCUUCUGUCAGAGGUCCCCAGCCUGUUUGUGCAGGGCUGUGUGCUCCUGCAGGUCCUGCCAGCACCAGAGAGGCAAAUCCUGCUCAGCACUUCAGAGUGGGACAGUAUUAAAAGCACCUAAAAGCAGCCCUAGGAAAUACCCAACUGCAUGUGGAAUUCCCAGGGAAGGAGAAGAA